UGUAGGAAAUUGACAUCUUCCAAUAACAGACCUCGAGAGGACAGCUGGUUAAAAUCCUUGUUUGUCCGGAAAGUUGACCCAAGGAAAGAUGCUCACUCUAACCUCCUAGCCAAAAAGGAAACCAGCAGUCUGUACAAAUUACAGUUCAAGAGGUGUUGCCAAAGAUUCAUGAAGAUAAACAUUACCCUUGUACUUUGGUGGGGACUUGGAACACGUGGUAUGGCGAGCAGGAUCAAGCUGGAAUUUUCAGAAUUCCGUAAGGCAAGAAGCAACAUGCUUCUCUCGAGAAAGAAUCAGCUGCUGUUGGAGUUCAGUUUCUGGAAUGAACCCAUCCCACGGUCAGGACCGAACAUAUACGAACUCAGAUCCUACCAGCUCCGACCAGGAACUAUGAUUGAAUGGGGCAAUUACUGGGCUCGCGCCAUUCGCUUCAGACAGGAUGGUAAUGAAGCGGUUGGAGGGUUCUUCUCCCAGAUUGGGCAGCUCUAUAUGGUGCACCAUCUUUGGGCUUACAAGGAUCUUCAGACCAGGGAAGAUAUACGGAAUGCAGCAUGGCAUAAACAUGGCUGGGAAGAACUAGUAUAUUAUACAGUCCCACUUAUUCAGGAAAUGGAAUCCAGAAUCAUGAUCCCACAGAAGACCUCGCCCCUCCAGUGAAGCGACAGACUGGAGAUGUGCCUACAGAAGUUUAGGUGACAUGUGCUUGUCAUCAGUCAACUUGAACUGUGUUACAGUGAGAGAGAAACACUGAAGUGUCAACUGCUGUAUAUAGCUUGUAAAAGACCUCUUUUCUUUAAAAUUUAUGCAAUCACAGGACAGGAAACUGUUACAGUUCAGCUGAUUGUAAAAGUGCGCUGUAGUCCUCUGAAAUAUCCCUAGGUUUGUCGAAUGUACCGUAUAAUAUUAACACCAAGCCACCUCUCCCCACCCCCCCCCCCCCAGGAAAAGAGAGCCCAGUUGAAAAUUGGAGUCAUCUCCAAGUAAGAAUCUAACCAUGGGGAAAAAAAGUUAGCCAUUUCUUUAUAAAGAGCAAAUCUGUUUUAUAAUUACAGAUUUUUUAGACAGAUUUCUUGUAUCAGGAAGAAAUAUAAAUUUCAUCAUGUUUCUGUAGCAUUUUUUUCUGAGUUUCAGACUAACAAAUUAUAAGUGUACUCAAUACCUGGAAAUGUUUUGCUUCAUUCUCAUUUUUAAUGUCAGCAUAGUAAACUGUCAUUACUGAGGGGGAAGUGGUUGAUCAGUAAUUCAGUCUCCACUUUAUAUAUUGUGAUGUCUUUAUACACGAGGAAAAGAUGGCUUGAACCUGUGUAUCAUAUGUGACUUUGAAAUGAACACCUUGAAUAGCACUAAUUUUUAUUUGUAAUAUUUUUCUACAACAAAACGAGUAGCACUAGGAAAAGAGGUUUUAUUUUGUAAACAGUCAUCUGUGACCUGCAUUUUAGUAAGCUCACAGCAGAUUCUUCCAAGAUCAUGAAUGGGGGGAGGGAGGUGUGCAUGUUGAGAUUUAAAUUGACAUAAAACUGCAUACUUUGUCUAGCUCUGAUUUCGUUUUUUAAUAGUGCCAAUUUUGUGACUGUAAUCAUGUGAAAGUCCUGUUGAAAUGAAAAAUUAUGUCUGACCCCCAGAUCAAAGAAUUUAUGUUAAAGUGUGAAUAAAUCUCAUAUCAAAUGUCAAGCUUUUACAUGUGAAUGGUUUUCUCCAAGAACAUAUAAAAAUUAAUAAAAAUCCUCUUAAUUUUAACAUA